GCAGAUUGCUUUUCUCAGGCGGCGUUCAAGGCAGCGGUGUUGGGUCGCUCGGAUUGUGUCUUGUCUCCGCUCAUCCGGCGUCCCGCAGACCGAGAGCAGCCCUGCGGAAAAAGAGCUCCGAGGGCCAGCCGUGCGUUCGCUCCCCCAACACUUUUGGGCUUGAAAGCCUGCGCGUAUUUCCCAACAUGUCUGUUGAACUGGAAGAAGCUGACCUGCCGCUGACCGAGGCAGAAGAGGCGCCUCUGGCUCCGGAAAAGAGAGGGGCGGCCAAAAAAGCCAAAGGCGGCGUGUCGGCGGCGCUCUCCCCCUCCAAGAAGAAGAAAAACAACAAGAAAAAGAACCAGCCCGGCAAGUACAGCCAGCUAGUGGUGGAAUCCAUCCGCAAACUGGGCGAGCGUAAUGGCUCCUCGCUGGCCAAAAUCUACAACGAAGCCAAGAAAGUGGCUUGGUUCGACCAGCAAAACGGGCGGACCUAUCUCAAAUACUCCAUCAAGGCGCUGGUGCAAAACGACACUUUGCUCCAAGUGAAAGGCACCGGCGCCAACGGCUCUUUCAAGCUCAACAGGAAAAAGCUCGAGGGGGGAAGCGAAGGAGGCGCCGGAGGCGGUGGCGGCGGCUCCCACGCCGCCAAAUCCCACAAGAAGGCGGUCGUGGCCUCCACUUCGCGAAAGGUCGAGAAGAAGCCCGUGGCCAAGAGCAAAAAGCUGGAGAAGAAAUCGCACAAGAAAGGCGCGGGCGGCGCGAGCACCAAGAAAGAGAAGGUGAAAGUGAAGAAAGCCCCCAAGAAGAGCGUCGCUUCCCCCAGCGCCAAGAAGGUGAAAAAAUCGGCGAAGCCCAAGGCUCUCAAGGGCAGGAAAUGAGACUGCUGCUGGCCUCCAGCUAGGAGGGAAGAUACCGCCGCCUCCCUUGUCUUUCGUCCCAAGACUUUGGAACCCCGAGACGACACUUGACUUUAAUCUCGAAGCCCAGAGUCAUGUUUCCAGCUUUGAUUAUUAUAUUUUUGUUUUGUUUUUUUGGGGGGGGGGAUCCCAUUUCUGCAUCAUUUCUUCCCUCGGAAGGCGGGCGUGUGUAAACUAUAGCACUUCGCUUUCACCAGAUUCCCAUCGAGAUCAUUGGGGCAUUUUGUUGGAUCGUGGAAAGGUGUCGUACUUUAACCUUCACACCCCUUCCCCCCCCCCUUUUUAUUGGAGUAUUGUUACCAUUGAAGCUUGCUUUUUUGCUUUUGUGUUCUGCAAAAGUAGCGUGAUAUCGUUGUAACCUCCCCCCCUUCACCUCCAUAUCUGGGCGAGGUUCGGUCCUUCGGCAUCAGCCCCCCCACCCUUUACUGCAGGGGAGGCGGGGGUCAUCCUUGGUGUGGAUUCCUUUGAAGUUUGAACUACCCGCAGUCUCCGUUGCCCCCUCUUUAAGGGCUGGGAUGCCAUAGCAACAGCCUGUUGGAUGCAUGGGCGGCCUGGAGUGCUGGGGGGGGGGGGGAGGCGGUUGCAUGGGACCAAGUUGACCAGCAGAGUAGCUGGUUUUACCUCGGAGACUUGCGCAAUCACUGCAGAUUUGAAAUAUCCAGUUGAAUCUGGGGGCGGGGAGGGAAGCAGUUCACCUUUGCCUGCAAGAUUUUGUAUCGUCCUUUUCGGGUCUCGUCUUCAAAUGCCUUUUUUUAAAAAAAAUACAAAAUAUCCUCAUGUUUUUUUUUUGUUCAAUAAAUCGUUAAAACAUUUUCU